AUGUUAUACCAAACAAUACUCGGGAUCAGAGAUCACGACAUUCAACAGAUCUGCGCACAGAACACGGAUCACGGCACCACGAAUAUGUACGAGGUCAAGGAGGCGUGUGCAUCCAUAAACACCAUCAUCACUACUGGGUGCGUCCGGACACCAACGAUAUUUUCCCAGAAGAGGGGACGGCAAAUCCAAGAGAGUCUGCAACACAAGCGCAGACGGAACCGGGUGGUCCGCAACGUGCAACACUUCGGGACAACGCCAAGCAGUUCAGAUCUCUCCCAAACGAAUCGUGGGUCGAGUACAUUGCCGAAACCAGGGUCUCUGGGCGAGAUUCCAGCGACCAAUACUGUGUUGGGGAACCCUCAAGUGUCUUCGAUGCAAGAGCCGCAGGCACAAAUGUGCAACAAUACAGGACCACAAGGAGGAUGGUCAACAAUACAGCACCGGUGCAGCAGUUUGUCAAUAUCCACCUAUGCAACAGACGAAAAGGGUGUCGAAAUGGAGGAGAUCGGACAGACCAUUCAUAUGAGAGACAGUGCCCAACUAGGCAACGGAUGUCUCUUGCUGGGAAUGGAUCGCACGGAACCCAGCGAACAAGCGAUGAAACUUGGUGCGCAGAUGUCAGACAGUCUUCAAGGACACCAAGACGCCGAAGACGACACCGCAGAUCUUUCCAGCAAUAAACACUGCCAUAGUCAAGAGGGAGGGCUAUGGGAGGCCAUCAAGGAGUUUGUGCAAACGGUCAAUGAGUACAGCACGUGGCUUUUGAGAUUGUACCUUGGUGCUAUAAGGCCUGUGUUUGAUACUGGGUCUUCGUAUUGGAGAUACGCUGAUCGAGAAGACCGCGGCUGGGUGAACUUGGUGAGCCUUUGUCUUGCGUUACCACUGAUAUUUGUGUUAUCAAUGGUGUUGGUGUGGGGUAUGGAGUUGACGGUUAUCGCGUUAAAGUGCAUGGAUGAAGACCAGGACUGUAUGGAUUGUAUGGCUGACGAAGCCUUGGCUAUGUUCCGGCGAAGUUUGACGGGAGUACACCCCUACGAGUAA